AUGUCGUCGCGCCCGCUGUUGCUGGUGCGCUCGUCUCCGGCGCAGGGCACAGGGUCCUAUGGAGGUUUGCCGAUCCUGUCUGUGAGCCCUGACGACUCGGAUGAGCCUCAUGUGACCAAUACCUCGCCACGAGGAAGGAGAAAGGGAAAAAGCACUCUCGCCAACGGCAGUGAUGACGACACCCGGGGUGUGCCUAUUCUUACAGACUCCACUACGCCGCGACGGAGAACAAGAGAUGCCAGUCGCAGCAGCAAGACGCUUGAUGACGAGUUUGACGGCCAAGAAGAACGCCCACGCACUCGCCCUGACGAAGAUGAGGCAUCAGACAGCGACGAUUUGCACGACAUCAAAGGCGAUCCGUUAGACAACUCACCUUACUCCCAAGUCAGGGCGUCCGUCGCUGCUACUGACAAUACCUCCUUGUCUAUAGAUACCCCGCGCAUGUGGUUUCUCUCCAUUUUGUUUUCCAUCGCCGGUUCUUCGACCAACCUAUUUUUUUCCCUACGAUACCCUAGCGUCAGCCUCACUCCUAUUAUUGCUCUUUUGCUCGUUCACCCUCUUGGUCUCCUUUGGGAUCGACUCUUCAAACGACUAGAUGACCCGGAGGAAAUCUUCAUCAAUGGAUCUCUUCAAAAGCGAUCGAUUGCCACGGCUACGUUGAAACGACGAUUACGGCUCUGGCUUGCACAAGGCCGCUGGAACGAGAAGGAACAUUGUUGCGUCUACGUCAGCAGCAAUGUGUCUUUCGGCUUUGCUUUCGCUACAGAUGUCAUUGUCGAGCAAGUCAAGUUCUACCACCAGGACCUUGGCAUCAUGUACCAAAUCCUGCUUAUUCUUUCUACUCAAAUCCUAGGCUAUUCCCUUGCUGGCAUCACGCGCCGCUAUCUCGUUCGGCCCAGCGGCAUGAUAUGGCCGAGUACUCUGGUUUCUACUGCCAUGUUCACAGCUCUGCACAGGGACGAGAACAAGCCAGCCGAUGGUUGGACGAUAUCACCGCGCAAGUUCUUCGGUCGCAUAUUCUUAGGCUCGGUCGCCUUCUAUUUUCUUCCCGGUCUACUUUUCCCUGCGUUGAGCUAUUUCAGCGUCAUCACGUGGUUCGCACCCAACAAUGUUGUUGUUGCUAACCUUUUUGGAAUUGCAUCUGGUCUUGGAUUAUUCCCGUUGACCUUCGACUGGGCGCAAAUUGCCUACAUUGGAUCACCGCUUGUCACACCAUUUUGGGCUGCCAUGAACAUUUUUGGUGGUCUUGUUGGUGUCAUGUGGAUUGCGGCACCGAUAAUGUAUUACAAGAACGUCAUGUACUCCUCCUACAUGCCCAUCUUAUCAGCUGCGGUAUGGGACAACAGAGGCAAGCCGUACAAUGUCAGCAAAAUUCUCACAAAAGACUUUUUGUUCGACGAGGAAGCGUACAAAGAGUACAGCCGGGUUUACCUCCCAAUCACCUACGUUCUUAGCUACGCGCUUCAGUUUGCCGCUUUGACUGCUCUACUCUCGCAUACUGGGUUGUGGCACGGCAAAGAUAUCUGGAGGCAGUGGCGACGCUCGUGGGUGGAAAUCCGAAAGGAGGCGACAUCAGUCGAUUAUCAGCCAUUGAUGAACAGCGCAGAGGGCGACGACCGUCCCACAUCGCCCGCCACAUAUCGAGUGUCAAAAUCCAGGACAACCUCAGAACCCGAAAUUGAAGACCUGUUGAACUCGGAAGAUGUGCACAAUCGCCUCAUGCGAAAAUACGACGAUGUACCAAUAGCCUGGUACAUACUGACUGGCGUCAGCAUGGCCGCUGUUGGUGUAUUUGUCGUUGAGUACUAUCCAGUCCAUCUACCUUGGCAUGGUCUGUUACUAGCACUGGGCAUUGGCGCAGUCCUCUUCAUCCCGAUUGGCAUCGUGAUGGCCAUCACCAAUCAGCAAAGUAGCAUAUAUCUCAUAUGCCAGUUGAUCUGCGGCGCCAUCUUCCCCGGCCGACCAGUCGCAAACAUGGUCUUUACUACCUUUGGCUACAUUUCCUCCACACAAGGCUUGAAGUUCGCCUCCGAUCUCAAGCUCGGCCACUAUAUGAAGAUCCCCCCGCGUAUCCUCUUCAAGCUCCAGCUGUCCGUCACCAUCAUCUCUAGUUUGACUCAGAUCGGCGUGCUCAACUGGAUGCUGAAUUACAUCCCCGGUAUCUGCACACCACAAGCCAUCAAUGGAUUCAACUGCCCAAUCGCCCGCGUCCACUUCAACGGCAGCAUCUUGUGGGGCGUGGUAGGACCCAAACGCUUCUUCGGCGUAGGUGCCCUCUAUCGGCCCCUCAUAUGGGCUUUCCUCGUUGGCGCAAUAGCACCAGUAAUCCUCUGGUACUUUGCCCGCAACAACCGCAAAUCCAUUUUGCGCAAAGUCAAUCUCGCUGUUGUAUUUGGCAGCCUGAGCUGGAUUCCGCCCGCCACAGGACUCAACUUCUCCGUCUGGGCCAUCGUGUGUUAUAUAUUCAACUACGAGAUCCGGAACCGACGGAAGAAUUGGUGGAAGAAGUACAACAUGAUGCUUAGCGCAGCGCUAGACUCUGGCCUGGCCUUUGGCGUUGUGGUCAUCUUCUUCGGCAUCGUCUUCCCCGGCUGGAUGAGUGGAUUCAAGUGGUGGGGUACCGAGGUCUACAAACAGGGCUGCGAUUGGAAAGCUUGCCCGUACAAGACCGUACCCAAAGGCGAGACCUUUGGGCCGCCAAAAUGGUGA